AUGGAUAAUAUCUCUUUAUCACAGUGCUCUUCAUAUUCACGUUCAACCAGCCCCCGGCCUGCUCCAUCCUCUUCUUGGAAUACAACGCCGGAUCAGCGCUCUGACUAUCCUUCUUUCUCUAGCAACGCCCAAGACACUACUCCUCCUCGUUUGAUGGACCGAUCCAGCAAUGCCCUCCUAUCCCAACUGGCUGGCCUGUUAACAACCGGUGGUCCCUUGAUAUUCCCCUUGCUCGAGACGCUCCUCGAAUAUCACAGAAAUGGCGAGAUCACUCAACGAGAGCUCCGGGAGGAAAGGGACGAAGCCCAAAGAGUACUCGAAGAACAGCGAGUGCGAGCAGAUACAAGCGAGAGGGAACGUGAUGCUGCAGGAGAGCAGCUACAAGACCUGUCACGUCAGCUCGAGGAUACGCUAGUCACAAAUGAUGCAACUCAACAGCAACUACAUGAAAGGGGCGAGCGACUAGCUGAUGCGGAAAGCCUGGUUGCGAGGAAACAGGCGGCACUGGAUGAGAUUUACGAGCAUUGCACUCAGCUAAGAAAUGGUAAGACCUGGAUACAGAACGAGAAGGAUUUGAUCCAGGCACAGCUCGAUGAAAAGCAAGACCGGGUUCGAGCUCUCGAGGAGGACCUCGCUGAGAGUCAACGGAUUAGUGGGAGACAAUCUGCAGAGCUGCAAAGGCUGCGAGACAUGCUCGAUACAGAGAAAUUGAGGAGGGAAACUGCCGAAGAGCAGCUAUCCGGAACACGUAACGAGAUCAGCAGACUCCAGGCGAACAACGACCGAUUGAAAACUGAUGUUGCAGAAUCACGAAGGAGAUGCUCCGACCUUGACCGCCAGGUGCGAGACUCUGAGGAGCAGAAUCUAGUGACAUCUGGAGAAGUAAAUAGAUUGAACGAGGUUUUACGGGGCCAGCAAACAGAAGCAACAACGCUACGGACCACAGUGACAAAUGUGAAACGAGAACGGGACGAGCUACAUGAUCAACUCCAGAAGCACCACGCCAGAUGUGAGGCACUCAGAGAGGAAAACACUAGGCUCCAGCAUGAGAAAAAUUCCCUUGAAGAAAGCAAGCAGACUCUUCAAGCGCGUUGUACCGCAUUGGAUACUGAACUUGCAGAGGUCAAGGCGAUUCUUGGCCACAUCAACAAUGCUAGAGCGAAGCUUCCUCGCUGUCUAGGAACGAUCAGGUAUAAAGGCAAGCCGCGCAGAAUUGCUGUGUUUCAAAGUAGCCCAGUGACUAUAUACUCAUCCCGCACUAUGGUCAGAGCAUAA